UCUCCCGGUGCUUUCCUUCCUACUCCAGGGGAGCCGGCUGUGCCGCGUACAGCUUGCCAUUCAAGCAAUGGCUUAUGAGGUCAUACUGCUGAUGCUUUAUUGCAUCAACAUUUACCCACGCCUUGCAUUCAGUAUAUCUGGUCUCCUCGGACCCUGCAUCCACUAUAUCUGGUCUCCCCAGACCCUGCAUUCACUAUAUAUGGUCUCCCCAGACCCUGCAUUCACUAUAUCUGGUCUCCCCGGACCCUGCAUUCACUAUAUCUGGUCUCCCUGAACCCUGCAUUCACUAUAUCUGGUCUCCCCGGACCCUGCACUCACUAUAUCUGGUCUCCCCGGACCCUGCAUUCACUAUAUCUGUUCUCCCAGGACCCUGCAUUCACUAUAUCUGGUCUCCCCGGACCCUGAAUUCACUAUAUCUGGUCUCCCUGGACCCUAC